AUGUCGUGUUGGCGCGUGCUGGAGCUCUCCGAGCAGCCCGACGGCAAGCAGAUUCCCCAGCUACUCAUCAAACCCGCCUUCGACCUGGACUCGUACACAGUCCAUCUUACCGACCUCAGCAACAUCUGGAGUGAGGAGCUAAACACAGAUGGCAUCGUCAAGCGGGCUGCAUUGGAGCAAUCGCCAAUCGAAGUCAGCAAACAUGAUGCGGCGCAGGUUGCCAUUCUUCUCGAAAAUGUCAAGAAACCCCUGCUGAGUGUGGAGGGUUCCAUGUGUCGUGUCACUCGCAAUGACACGGAUGGCAUCAUUCUACACACCAGCAUAGGUCUGCCGGAGCCUCUUGGUCGCUUGACAUGGAAAUUUCACUUGGAGAAGCGAAUGUCGGCAGACCUUAAGAACGAGCUCAUCCUCCCGCUACUUGUCUCUUCCCACAUCCAGAAUGAACGCAUAAGCGGGCUCAUCUCGACAAUCGCUGCCAAAGACAAAGCAAUCACUCGACUUGUGGACCAGUUCGACUCCCAUGGCUUGGACCUGGCUGCCGCCUUCCCCAGUGCCGGUGGAACCAAGGUGGGACGAAAGAAAGUCAAACGUGAACAAGCGGAAAGGCACGUUCCCGCUUUACGGUCUUUCCACGAGGAAGCAUGGCGGCAUGAUACCGAGCAAUUGAAAGACACAAACCUGACUACGCUAGGCUUGUUCCAGGAAGCACUGGCACAGAGCACUCCGACAGUACCAUUGGAGUUGAAGUCAGGGGAUCGUGAGACUACAUGGUGGGCUGCGGUACCUACUAAGUUAAGCUUGUCGAAAGCCUCAGCCAAGACUAAGGCCAAAGUGCCUGCUGCAGCAUCGAAGCCAACAAAAGCAGCCGUGGAUUCUGGUGAUGAGACAGAGGACGAGUUUGAAACCCAUGUGAACUUCAAGACACGCGAAUUCGGCAAAAGGCCAGUGAAAACCCCGGCGCCAUUACCGUCUUCGCCACGUGACAAAGGUAGUGAGACUGAAGACGAUAGUACUGAGGACGAUGAGGAUCUGGAUGCGCCCCCCAAAAGUCAGAACCAGGUCCCAGGCCGGACUCCUCAUAAGGCAUCACUCAAGAGGACGCCCACACCUGAACGGCAUUCUUCGCCCAACGUGCUUACGCCCUCAGUACAGAAGCCAAAGGUAACUAGCUUCCGAAUAGGCGGAAAGUCAAAGAAAGCAACCGAGUCUCCUCCGCCAUCACCGAAGCCCGUAGAUGUAGAGCCAGAACCAGAGAUCCUACCAACCAGAGAGUCUGUGCCUGCUUCUCAGCCCAACCAGGCGGCAACACCCAAGAAGACCCGGAAACCAUUCAGAAUUGGUGGCAAGGGUAAGAAAGCUGAGGAUGAUGCUUCACAACGCGACGUGACAGCUUCACCAAGUACCCAGCGCUUCAGAGCAACGCACUCUCCUACCGCCGAGCCUCCAUCGUCCCCGCCGAAGAUUAUGAAAGAGAUGACGCCCGUCGAGGAGUUACAUGAAGAAACACCCGAGGAGAAGGCAGAGAGAAAGCGCGCUGAGCUGAAGCGGAAGAAUGAGGAAGCAGCCAAGAAGCAGGCGCAAGCAAAGAAGAAGAAGAGGUUUUGA